AUGGAUUGUGACAAAGGGUUUUCAAGUAGCCAUAUGAUCCUGAAGCCAGAAGAAGUAAACUUGUUUGAUCUCAUUCACAUCUUAUUUUCUACUGAUCUUAGAAAGAGAAGGUUCGUCGACAGUGCUAAGGCGACAGAGGAGAGUUUCGAGCGACGAUGGAUCAUCUUUAUUUCCAUAGUAGUUCAAAAGAUGUUGCAGGUCUUCUCAAAACCAUUGGCAUUUGUUGGUUCGCUGUCUGAGAUGUGGCUUAACCUGUUGUCUAUUAACGGAAACUUCUUCAAGCUCUCGUUCAAUUUCUUGAGAGGGAAGGUAGUAAUUCCUGAUAGAACAUCAGCAAAUUUCACUUCUUUCAUUGGAAAUUUUGACAAGCGACUUGAGUUGGACACCAACAUUAAACGAGGAGAUAAAAGAUACCAUGCUGCACUUUCUAUGAUGGCAUCUAAAGCUUCCUAUGAGAAUAAGGCCUACCUUGAAACCAUAGUCAAUGACCAUUGGAAGAUGGAGUUCUUGGGAUUUUAUGACUACUGGAAUGAUUAUCAAGAUAAAGCGACUACUCAAGCCUUCCUAUUUCGUGACAAAACCGAUGAACAUGACACCAUAGUUGUAGCCUUUAGAGGAACUGAACCAUUCGACGCAGAUGCUUGGUGUUCCGAUUUCGACAUCUCUUGGUAUGAACUUGAAGGAAUAGGAAAGAUACAUGGAGGUUUUAUGAAAGCUCUAGGGUUACAGAAAAACAUCGGUUGGCCUAAGGAAGAAAUUAAUAAAAAUGAUAGUAGAAAGGCACCCUUGGCCUACUAUGGAAUUAGAGAAAGGUUGAGAGAAUUAAUGUCCCAAAAUGAUAAAGCAAAGUAUAUAUUGACUGGCCAUAGUUUAGGUGGGGCACUGGCGAUUCUGUUUCCAGCAGUCUUGGCAUUUCAUGAAGAGAAGAUGUUGUUGGAAAGACUGGAAGGAGUGUAUACAUUUGGGCAGCCUAGGGUUGGUGAUGAAAGUUUUGGAAAAUACAUGGAGAAUUAUAAGUUAAAAGAGAAUGGUAUACUUUAUUAUAGAUUUGUUUACAGUAAUGACAUGGUUCCUAGGUUGCCUUAUGAUGAUUCUGCACUCAUGUUCAAGCAUUUUGGGACUUGCAUUUACUAUAACAGGCACUACAAAGCCAAGGUUGUUCCAGAAGAACCAAACAAGAAUUACUUCUCACCAUUCGGGGCAAUAACCAUGAUGAUAAAUGCAUUUAUGGAGCUAGUAAGAAGCUUCACUAUUAUUCACAGCAAAGGUCCUGAUUAUAGAGAAUGUUGGUUCAUGAGAAUGUUUAGGAUAAUUGGAUUGGUGAUUCCUGGCGUGCCUGCCCAUUGCCCUCAGGAUUAUGUUAAUGCGACUCGCCUUGGUUCACCAGAUGUAUUUUUUCCUCCUCAACAAUCAUGA